UAUUCAAACUACACCUUUAUAAAUCUUCAAAACUCAAACACCUCUUCUUACUUGUCUUCUCUACUUUCCAAACAUCACACAACAAAACAAAACAAACUAUUCUUUUUCUUCUCUCAUCUCAAAAGCCACUAACAUGUCUUCUUUCAAGAGCAAAUAUGAAGAUGAACUCAUUGCCAAUGCUGCUUACAUUGGCUCUCCUGGAAAGGGUAUCCUUGCUGCUGAUGAAUCUACUGGCACAAUCGGCAAGCGAUUCGCCAGCAUCAACGUCGAGAAUGUUGAAGCAAACAGACGUACUCUUCGCGAACUCCUGUUCACUGCCCCUGGUUGUUUAGACUGCCUAAGUGGUGUUAUCUUGUUCGAAGAAACACUAUAUCAGAAAACCGCUGCAGGAGUACCCUUUGUGGAUGUGUUGAAGAAAGCUGGAGUUCUUCCUGGUAUCAAGGUUGACAAGGGAACCGUUGAACUUGCCGGCACAAACGGAGAAACCACAACUCAAGGUUUGGAUGACCUUGGUCAGAGGUGCAAGAAAUACUAUGAAGCUGGUGCAAGGUUUGCUAAAUGGCGCGCCGUGCUAAAGAUCGGUCCAAAUGAACCAUCUCCCUUGUCAAUCCACGAAAACGCCUAUGGUUUAGCUCGUUACGCCGUCAUAUGUCAAGAGAAUGGUUUGGUUCCAAUUGUGGAGCCUGAGAUUCUAGUGGAUGGACCCCACGACAUUGCAAAGUGCGCUGAUGUAACAGAACGCGUUCUUGCAGCAUGUUACAAGGCUCUAAGUGACCAUCAUGUUCUUCUUGAAGGUACUCUUUUGAAGCCUAAUAUGGUUACACCAGGAUCAGAUUCUCCUAAAGUUGCUCCUGAGGUUAUAGCCCAACACACCGUCCGAGCAUUGUUGAGAACCGUUCCUGCCGCGGUUCCUGCUAUAGUUUUCUUGUCUGGUGGACAAAGUGAAGAGGAAGCAUCUGUUAACCUUAAUGCAAUGAACAAACUUAAGGGAAAGAAGCCUUGGACUCUUACAUUCUCUUAUGGAAGGGCACUUCAGCAAAGUACUCUUAAGGCAUGGGGUGGAAAAGAUGAAAACAUUCCUAAGGCUCAAGCUGCAUUGCUUGUUAGGUGUAAAGCAAAUUCAGAAGCAACUCUUGGAACUUAUCAAGGUAAUGCUAACCUUGGUGAUGGUGCUUCGGAGUCUCUUCAUGUUAAGGACUACAAAUACUAAUAUGUUAAGAGGGUUGUGAGGCUCUGAUUGAACUUGUUUUGGAGUUGUAUGCAUCAUGGUUAUGGUGCUAUUUUGUAGGGUUACAAUAGUGUUUGUUUUUGUUUAGGUUGGUUGUGGUAAAGUAUCAAUAAUGGCUUCAAGCUGAACUGGCUUGAUUGGCAUUUAUUUUUCAACAUGGUUAUGUUAUGUUUACCCUUUUUCCAUCACACAUUUUUCACACUACUUUUUCAUUGUGUAAUAAAACAAGAGAAAUAUGCUUCUUAAUACCAAAAGCGUGUGAAACAAAAAAGUGUAAAGCAGAAAGUGGUGUGUAAGAAGCAUUUCUAUGUAACUUUUCCCCUUUUAAUUGAGUUUUUUUAGGCCUUUCCUCCAA